AUGGCCAGGAUCAGUCUUAUUUCUGUUCUCAUCCUCUGGGCAGCCACACAGCAGGGAAGGGGAAAUGAAACUACAGAAAAAGGCCUGUCUUUGCUAGGGUACCAUCUUUGCAACUAUAGCCUGACCAAAAAUGUGUUUAAAAUGCUUGCCUACCAAAAGUCCUAUGAGAAAACCACUUCCUGUGGAGGAUGGAUACCAUGGAUGAUGUGUCCUCGGACGUACUAUAAAACGCAGUAUCAUACUGUUGAAGUCCCUGAAACCAUCACUCUUACAGAUUGCUGUGAAGGAUAUGAGCAAGUUGGACUCUACUGCUCUUUAGCAUUCAAUAGAUCAAGUAUAUUUGCCUCAAGACCUGGUAUUUGUCCAAUAGAGAAUAUGGAAAGAUCUGAUUAUCGUUGCACAUUUGACACUGAAUGUCCAGGGCUUAAAAAAUGCUGCAACUCAUCCAAAGGAGCAGGCUGUGUGGAUCCAAUGCCAGAGGGAAGAACAUUUUGGUAUAAUGCGACAGUGCUUGUGAAAAUGGAUUUUAAUGAAUUAAUCAGAGUGGAUUCCCACCUUCUGAAUCAUUCACGCCUUUUGCACUCCAUGAUUACUGGUGCAUUACAUCCCUUGAAUGCCUCUGUGCACCAUAUCCAGAGUAACCGUGCAGGAGUAUAUGCUGGGACGGUGGCCUCUCAGGUUCUCAUUGGAUUGCACCAGCCAGCUCCGCUAGUGGAGGUUUCUUCUUCCUUGAAGGACAUAGUGAAGCGUAUAUAUUAAGUGAUUGACACAGAAGUGCAAGAUGUCAAUGAAUGUUCCUAUGCUGAAUUCAACGCUUGUCCUGAGAAAAACACUUGUGUAAAUCUGGAGGGUUAUUACAGCUGUGAUCCUCAGCAUGAACAUGCAGAUGUCAACCCUCACCAGCUGAGCACAAGGAAGGAAGGCAUGGCAGCAUCUACUCCAAGUUCAGCGUUGGAUCUUAUUAACACUAGCAAUAGCUCUCUGUCUAUAAGUAAUUCAAGUCUCUUGUCCAUGACUAACGAAUCUACAGAUGCUGGGUGCUAUCCCUCUGCAGUUAGAAACCACCGAAUCUUCAGCGUCACCAGCAACAGUUUUGAAAUGUCCUGGCAUGUCACUUCUACUCUGAACCAUACUUUCCAAGUCCAAGUGUUCAAGGGCAAAGAGAUUGUACAAAACCUAAAGACAGAGGAAAUGAAAAUGGAUGUGUCUGGACUGGAAGCAGGUAUGAUGUAUUCAGUAGAGAUCAGCUAUGAAAGUUGUGGAAAAACCAGCAUCUCCCAUCAAAAUGUUAAAACAGAAGCCAAGAUAUUUGGUAUUACUAUGAGGAUUCUCAACUACAACUUCACUGGUGAUUUCCUUAAUGCCAGCAGCUCAGCAUAUGAAGAAUUUUCAAGACUGUUGCUUACAGAGCUUGAAAAUUCAUUUCCAUCUAACGUUUCUGCCUUAUACAAGUCUGGGAAGCUGAAAGUGCAAACUGAAUCCCUGCAAGCUGGAAGCAUCAUUGUGAGGCUCAGAAUAACUGUGCAGGAUCCCAAGUUUCCAGUUGAUGUCUCCACAUUUGCCCCAGUGAUUUCCUACUUGCACAAUGGCUCUGUGCUUUUGGUGGAUCACCAAAACACUGCAGUAGAAG